UACACGUGUAUGAGGGCUGGUGGCAUCCCACUUUCAGCAAGAGGAGGCAGAGACUGUUAUCUGAGAAAGGCCACCCCGAAACUGCAACUUAGAAAUUAUUUUCACUAAAGCAUCAUUUGGAUUUUUUGCGGGAGUUAUAUUUAACAGAAAAAUGAGUUUGCAGACUCAUUUUUGAGGUUUUUUUUCAUGGCAAGAAGACUUAGUGAUGUGCGCCUAGCAUGGCUGUGGCUUCUCCAGCGACCACCCAGGGACCGGUAUGGCUUUUAGCCGCAUCCACAAACUGGACCCCCCGUCCCGAAGCACCUCAAGGAAAGCGGCAGUCAUGCUUGGCUCCCUCCUCGCCCCCCUCAUCCUCCUGCACAUCCUCACCGACCGCGGCACCUUACCCUCACCGGUGAAAGCCUCCUCCGACCGCGCUGCGGAGAGGACCAAGCGGCUCCUGUACGAAUGGACCGCUGGAUCUGAAAUGAUGAGCUACGGGGCCGACCGGCGCACUUCAGGGGCUCCGGCGGAGGAGCGCGCGAGGACGGGUCCAGAGCUUGAAGAGGAGUCCCUCCAGCUGCCUCCUCCGGAUUUGGUAGCCGCCAGAAAAGUGUCACCUAGGUUCGCAGGUAAAGUCAGCCCGCUCGGGGAGGGGAGCAAGAAGCUGCCUCGGGCUCUAAUCAUCGGGGUGAAGAAAGGAGGGACCCGGGCUCUGCUGGAGUUUCUCCGGGUUCAUCCCGACGUCAGAGCCGUGGGAGCAGAACCGCACUUCUUCGACCGCCACUAUACAAACGGACUGGAGUGGUACAGGGAGCUGAUGCCGAAGACCCUGGAGGGCCAGAUCACCAUGGAGAAAACCCCCAGCUACUUUGUGACCAGAGAGGCUCCAGCGCGGAUAUCAGCCAUGUCCAGGGACACCAAGUUAAUCGUGGUGGUACGGGACCCCGUCACGAGAGCCAUCUCUGACUACACACAGACGCUGUCCAAGAAGCCUGACAUUCCCUCUUUCGAGAGCCUCACCUUCAAAAACAGGACUACAGGGCUCAUUGACACCUCCUGGAGCGCCAUCCAGAUCGGGAUCUACGCCAAACACCUGGACAACUGGCUGCAGUACUUCCCCAUGGACCAGAUCCUGUUCGUCAGCGGCGAGCGUUUGAUCAGCGACCCGGCUGGAGAGCUGGGCCGCGUUCAGGACUUCUUAGGCCUCAAGAGGAUCAUCACAGACAAACACUUCUACUUCAACCAGACCAAGGGUUUCCCGUGCCUCAAGAAAGCAGAAGGCAGCAGCAAGCCGCACUGCCUGGGGAAGACCAAAGGACGGACCCAUCCCAACAUUGAUCCGGAGGUGGUGCAGAGGCUGCGGGACUUCUACAGACCCUUCAAUAUGAAGUUCUAUCAGAUGACGGGGCGAUUUUUUGGCUGGGAUGACUGAAUGUCUCUUUUCCUUUAACACUGAGGAAUGUCCGAAAUAUCAAGGUGGAGUCACGAUGAAGAUGAAUCUGAGACUUUGGGAAUAAAGUGAAAAGAUUCUAGAUAACAUUUUUAAAUUAAGUAAAAAACAAAUUAUCAGGGAGAUGUACUUUGAUUUAAAGGAUAAAUAAAUACUUCAAACUUUAUUCCAGUAAAACUAUAUUUGAUCGUUUACUCUCAAACUUUCAGCGAUAUUCUCCAAGUCUGAGCUUCUGUGUUUCUGCUCCUCCAGUUUUCGCACUAAUUUAAAGCAAUAUUCAACUUGAGGAGAAACGUUUCUCCACAUCAGAUAUGCAACAUUUUUUGUUCCAUUUUUCUGUCAUCAGAGCUUUUUCUAAUCAGUUAUCAGUGAGAAUUUCUACGUUUGAUACGUUCUUGAAGGGUUUGCAUUAUGUAUGGUUGAUCUAUUUUAAAAAGAAAAAGUUCUGCAUUUGAAAGAGUAAAUAUUGUGUUCAAACAAAUCCUGAUGAGUUCUAACCGAGCUGAUGCUGUAUUUUAAACAUGCAUAGAUGCUUUUAUCUUCUAACAGGUUUCUAGCAAGAAUAAGUAAUAAAGAUGAGAAUAUAUAUGUAUUUUUGAGAUGUAUUUAUUCAGAAAGUGCAUUGUAUGUUUGGAAUAACUUCUUAACUUUUAUUUUUUAUGCUUCACGUUUGAGUUUGGUUUUAUAUCAAACUUGUUUUUUUUAUUUUCUGACAUAUUUGACUGUUAAGUUCAAAGUUGACAGUUUUCUAAAAAUAAAGAACAUUUAAGAAAAAGUUUAAAUCCUGAUUUCAAUUCUCCAGCUAAAGCAAUUCUAUUUCUUUUAUUGUUGUAUUGUAACCACUGGCUGUAUAAGAGAACUGGAUGGAUUAAGUAUGAUGUCACUCAUACUUCUGGCUCCAAUGAUAUGACGUCAAUUCAGUCGCCAUGGAGGAGCCAGAUGAUGUCAGAAAGUAGUGAUUGCUCAACGUUUCUAUGGUAACCACCUUCACCAAUCAGGAGUGACCUUGUUGGAAGGCCACACCUCCUACCACUUAAAAAUGUAAAAAUCUGUCAAAUGUUCAACGUGAGUCACUUUAUAACUUGAAAAACUUUCACUACAGAAAAAAAUAGGAAAGAAGAAGUUAAGAAAAAAAAAGUUAUUUUGACAAAUAGCCAGCAGCUACUUCCUGUUUGGAACGCCAAAGGGGAGGGGUCACUCACUCCAGUCCUCAUAUACGAUCAAUGAUUGUUACUCUCAAAAUUACAAACGAUAAGCAUGGUUUCUUCGUUUAAAAAUGUGAAAAAGUGCUCCACAUUUUGGCUGGAUUACUCGAAGUAACCAUUGCUGAUUUCCUCAAGCUGAUGGGUUUCUACUGCACUUAUUGAAUAAAACAGAAUAAGGAAA